UUCUAUGACAAGCCCGACUGGCCCUACCAGGAUAUUCCGUAUCAUAUCGCAGGUUACGGCUGGUAUUCUUAAAAGAUGUUUGCGCUGGUGCGCUUUGUCAAUGAGAUUGACAAGACGAAAAGAUACAUAAUACCCGUCAAAGACACAAAUGACUUUUACCCACUCCACUUGUUGGACUUUGACAACAAAGUGACGUACAGUGCCAACUGGUGCGACCCCAACGACGAGGAGGACAGCGGCGAAUAUGUUGUCCAGAUUCUCAAGCUGGCAGAAACGAAAGAAGAACUGACGCAGAUGGACAAGCGAACACCUGUCCCUCCAAUCCAUGCGUCCGAUUUGGAGGAUGCAGGCAGCAAAGAUGAUGAUGCUCGAACAAGCAGAAAAACUGCAAUGCAGGAGUCGAGGAAAAAGAUAAAAAAUCAGCUGUGCACCAAAAAGCAACAGCUCGCAGCAGUUCUCGAGCAGCACACCAAACAUGCACUGGUUAAUAAUGCUGCAGCUGCUGGCAAAACUCAAGCAGCUCCAAGGAGAAAGAGGAUUAAGACCUCAGAGGAAUGCUCGGACUCCAGUGACGACGACGACAGUGUAAUCGCGUUAUCAGAACUGAGAAAUUCUGAGAAGGAGGCUAUGUUUUGGAAAAGCAGAUAUAAGCUGGAAUCGGACAAUGGAAAACUUGAGCCAGCCCUGUCGGUGUGGAAAUGGUAA